GCGUCAUAAAAAGUAUCGGAUCAGCAUUACACGUGAAUUGGUAUAGAUUCUAUGCGAACGGCCACUCGGUUGUUGAACUUGUAGAUGUGGUGUUCACCCCAUCUCUAUUCUUCUCCCUGUUUUCCUUAUUUCCUUUCUUUCUUUCCUCUGUAGUUUUUAUGAUUUCAAUAGGAAACGCCUCCAUCCCGCACGGUUUCGAACUCCGUAAAGAGGCAGUUUAUUCGAAACCACGGAAGAGCAAACAUGCCAAAAUACAAAAAUAUACGUGUUAUGUUGCGUGCUAUUGACGAAGCGGGACGAAAUUAUACUUUAACUCGUAAGAUUUAUCGUGAUUUAGUGCGGAACAAUGGGAGACGAUUACACCCCAACGAAAUUCCUGAUAGACGAGAUUUUGUGCGACUGGAUUAUCAAUUCGGGGAGCAGGAAAUCGUGAUGCAGCUUACUACAAGACGUAACGGAGCAGGUCGACCUCAAGUGCAUUGGCAGAAAGAAGAAAAAGUUAUAGCUCUCGCAAGAGCUUAUCCAGUGAUGGGGUUACGGAGCAUCGCGAGAAGAGUAGGAAUCUCGCACAUGACAGUGCGGCGUAUAAUACGCGAAGAAGGUCUGCGACCAUAUAAAAUUCGACGUGUCCAAGCCCUACGCCCUAAUGAUUAUGCCACACGGCGAGAAUUUUGUAACUGGAUGGUACAUAAACUGCGACACGAUCCACGCUUUUUGGAACGUGUCCUAUUCACGGAUGAGAGCAGCUUUUCGAAUAGCAACAUCCUCAAUCGGCAGAAUCCAAGGAUUUGGGCGUACCGCAACCCCCAUGCGAUGAUGGAGCAAUUUAAUCAAGGAAGAUUCACCGUUAAUGUCUGGGCAGGCAUCAUUGGCAACCAUAUUAUCGGCCCGAUCUAUUUGCCGACACGGUUAACCAGUGCAACAUAUCUUCAAUUUCUAAGAUCGAAACUCUUGAGUAAACUGCGGCACAUCAUUCCGCGAAGUCAACGUAAUUCAACCUAUUAUAUGCACGAUGGUGCUCCAUCGCACUCCAGUCGAAUGGUGCAAUAAUUUUUAAAUCAAAUGUUUGGAUCGCGGUGGAUAGGACGAAGACCUGCUCCCCAUGUGUGACCUCUCCAUUCACCGGAUUUGACACCACUGGAUUUCUUCCUCUGGGGAGCCGUGAAAGACAUCGUUUAUCGCUCAGGUGAGGAAAUUACAUCGGUCCCACAAUAGAAACGUCGGAUUGAAUAUGCAUUCAACCAAAUUAAAUCCACUCGUAACAUCGGCGAGAAGAUAUCAAGGAGUAUGGAGCAGCGUGUGCGUGCAUGUUUGUGCAAUCAUGGUGGUCACAUCGAAGCGAGCACGCAGGCACGGCUUCUGCGUACGAUUCGUUACAACGGUGCAAUCCUUUGGGUACGCAGAAGAAAUAGAAGGUAACAGCAUUAAGUAAGUGUGUUUGAA